AUGGCGCCGAAGAUUAUCUAUCUUGAAAAUGAAACCCUCUCAUUCCUUCUCCCACGGGGGUCUCUGAUCCUUUGUUCGUGCACUCUCGCCAUAGUUUUAUUGUCCAAUGUGCUUGAGCGAUGGCUGCUCGCAAAGCUGUAUCAAAUCAUCUGGAAGGAUCUUUCCCUUGGCCGGAAUGAAAGACGUCGCCGCUCAUUCACCUAUUUCCACAUUGGCGUGACUAUCAUGCUCAUUCUUGUCCUUUUCGGGGCGUAUCCGGUUUUCGACUUCCUCGUCGGCCACGCUCGGGUGUCGUCGACUCUACAUCGAAAUGUCACAUACGGUGAUUAUAUGUUCGUACUUUCCCACGUCUACAGCGCAUACUACAUCUUUGAAGUCUGUUUCCGGACGAGGUUUGCCAGUGCAAUCAGCAUCGCUCAUCACAUCGGCCUCUUGAUCGUCAUACAAACUACUUUGACCCUCUUUGGGGAUUUGCGCAAGUAUCCCGAAGCCAUCUUAGAGUUCUACAUGUGCAUGGUGUGGGGCUCUUUUGAUGUGGUGGUUGAGCUUCCUCUAUACACCUUUAUGAUCAUCUGGCGCGUGAAGGCAAACGACCAUCACUUGCUGUCUCGAAUGGCCUACGCCUGUUGCGUCUGGGUCCUGCUCGGUGCGACUGUCGAGACUGCAGUUACCAUCUGGCUCCUCAAAAGCUCAUGGCAUCGCUGGGGCACGUCAUGUCGCAUUCUUUUGCCCCUGGUGUUCUCCCUUUGGAUCUGCACACAACUCUAUGGGGCAUUCAGAAUUUUUGGCAUGGCCCAGUCAAAAGCACGGCUGGCCAGUACACGCAGUGGAAUCACUGAAGAUUGUGACCGAGAGAUUGCAGAAGCCACUGGCUAUCGGAAGUCUCACUCCAGUGAAGCACACGACCAAGUCACACAGUUUCAAGAAAGCACCAACCCGGAAAGACAGCGGUUUCCCAUGUUGUAG